GGUUGAUCAAAAGAUGGUAUUGCAACUGUUUCAACAGAAAGCAGUCGUUAUUGCCCCAUUUCGUUGCUUUACAUUAACAUUAACAUCUAAGAAGUAAACACAAGCGAAAACUGGAUACUAUACCAGUAGUUUGGGCUCCUAUCUCAAACAGUCAUGUCGUCUAGGCGAUCGAGACUUCAGGUAAAGCCAAAUAUUGGUGGGGUGAAAGGCCCUGUUGCAAAGUCAGCGACAAAGCAACAGAUAGAAGUUAAAAAAUCUGAGAAGAAAGCUGCGGAGUUGGAGCAGAGUGCAGGUGAAACAUUGAGUAUAAAACAGAAGGAGAAAAAAAAUGAAAACACAGUUGCCUCAGAUGCAAAAAUUAAUCAAGAUUUUACGACCACAUCAGAAAAAAAGACAGAAAGCCCUAAACUCGAGAGGGCAAGGUUAAGGCAGUUUGGUAAAGUGAAUAUAGCUGCAGUUAGAAAGAAACCUUGUUCAACAACAUCUGAAGAUAAAGAAAGCAGUCAGAAAAAUGUUGACAAAAUACCAGCUAUGGAAGAAAAGGUAGUAAAUCAAGUCAAAACACUAGCUCUAAAAACAGAGGAAAAAGAUUCUUCAAAAAGUAGCAUCGUACGGAGAUCAAGGUUCCCGAAGGCCAAGCCAAAUGUUGAUGCAACAAAAAGAAAGCUAAGAAAUACAGACAGUGAUACAGAGAAAAUACCAGCUGGAAGCAAGGAAAAAGGUUUGCAAACACCACCGAAGAAAAGUAAAGCACACAUCAUAAUUUACCCCCCAGAAGACAAGCCCAUUAAAACACAAGUGAAGGAACCAAGUGAAGCUGCCACAACCCUGACAAACAAGCAUUUCCUAAACUCGCCAAAUACCAGUCUACAGGAAGGUCUUCCCAUUACAGCAAGCAUACUGAAGACACCAAAUACCAGUCCACAGGAAGGUCUUAGCAUACCUAUGACACCAAAUACCAGUCCACAGGAAGGUCUUAGCAUACCUAUGACACCAAAUACCAGUCCACAGGAAGGUCUUAGCAUACCUAUUACACCAAAUACCAGUCUACAGGAAGGUCUUCCAAUUAUUGCUAGCGUACUAAAGACACCAAUUGUACCAAAGUCUCUGCUCAAGCCACCGAUACCAAACAUACCUUCAGCUUCGCCAUUGAAGCAGUAUGUUGAAAAAAGGGCCAGAACACUGAGUACUUCUGAGCCGGCACAUAUCGUGAAGCGUGUCAAGAAGCCCAAGCUAGAGAUUCCUGUUGACCAACCACCUGAUCGAACGAAGGUCAAAAUGCGGGACCUCAUUCACUGGAACCCAUCUAGUAACCCGAUGAAAAUCAAAGCAAAGGAUGAGACCAAAGUUCAGACAAUCGCACCAGAAAAGGAGAAUGUGGCCGACAAUGUAAAGGAUGUUCCAGAAAUGGGCAGGGCCAUGGAUGACACGCCUCUUCCUGUACCCCAGGUCACAAUCGGGCCGGAUGGGAACAUUGUCAUAAAUGAGAAAAGCCUGGUGGUAGACAACCCAAAUGUGGACAAAGGGGAUAGCCAGGACAGCGAGGUCAUUGAUGAGACAGAUAGAGUCACCACCUAUAACAGCUUCCGCACACAUCACCGGGCAAGACCUUGGUCCAAGAAGGACACCACCAAGUUCUACAAGGCAUUGGCCAUGUGUGGUCUGGACUUCUUCCUGAUCAGUCAACUCUUCCCCAAGAAAACUAGGCUUGACGUUAAGAAAAAGUUCCACAAGGAAGAGCGCAUGAACAGACCUCUGGUUGAAAAAGUUUUGCAAGAAGGUAUUCAGUUUGACGCCACCUGGUUUGAUAAGUGUGCUGAACCGGAAUCAAGCGAUGAAGAAGUGGAGAGGAAAAAGCACGGGAAAAAAUCUGGUAAAUCAGAGGCAGGAAAAAAAGCAGAUGGGAAAUCUAAGGCUAGAAAACGUAAAACAGGAAAAUCAGAUCCUGAAAGAGAACAGAAAAAGAAGGGGAAACAGGGACACCAAAAAGGUAAAGGUUUGUACACUGGGUCUGGCAUCAAGAAGCUCAAGUACUAUGAGGAAUUGUCUGAUGAUGAGGGAGCUGAGGAAGAGGAACAUGCACCACAUGACCCCAGCAGGAAAGACAAGUCGUGGGAACCACAAGGCACAACAAAAGAAAUGGUUGAGUUGGGAACCAUUCAGAUGGAUUUACGUAAAGGCCACCAUUCCAAAGAUGGUGACAACGCAGAAGUUGACUCUUUCAGCAGCAUGAGACUGCCAACACAGUCUCCUGUAGAUGCCAGAGGAAGCGUAGAGCCAACUUUUACUGCUACACCAUUAUAUCAAGGGGCGGAUGCAAAUCAGGAUUCUGCUGAAGGUUUUCAAAGCAUUGAUAUUAGUGCAAAUCAUGUGAGCGACUGUUUGGUGGCUAACCAGAGUUUGUUAGAACAGGGAUCUCAGUCUAUAGACAAUCCAGUUGAUCCCAUAGGGUUACUGCCUGGUUCAACGCUGGUUGGUUCUACAACAAUGGGUCUGUCGCAAAACAUUGAUGGAGACCAGUAUGUACUUGUGACAGUGGUGCCUGAGGGUGGAGGGGAGACUGUUAUACAUAUCUACAGGGUCCAUGGGGGUCUUCAGGGUCAUGGGCAAGUAACUCCUGCAACAGAGCAGGUAAUGAACUCUGGAAUUCUGGGUAAUGCUGCACUGCCAGGCUCUUUAACAGCUGGUGAUGUGCAGUUUAAUUUGACAGCUUCUUUACCUGUUAUUCAAAAUGGAGUUGUUCGAAACCAGUCUAACACGGGUUUGGAAAACCAAUCUAGCUCUAAUAUAGAAUUCCAGUCUAACACUGUUGUUAAUAACCUGUCAAGCACUAAUGAUGGAAUACAGUUAUAUACAGAGAUAGAAAACCAGACUAGCUCUGACAUUGGAUUCCAGUCUAGCACAGUUGUGGAAAAUGAGUCUAUCACUGACAUUGGAUUCGAGUCUAGCUCAGUUGUGGAAAACCAGUCUAGCACUGACAUUGGUUUCCAGUCUAGCACAACUGAAGAAAACCAGUCUAGUACUGACAUUGGAUUUCAGAUAAACACAGGAGUUGAAAACCAUUUUAGCACAGGCAUUGUAUUCCAGUCUAGCACAGGUUUAGAAAACAAUUCUAGCCCUAACAUUGAAUUCCAGUCAAGUAUUGUGGUGGAUAACCAGUUAAGCACUAACAGUGGGAUACUGUUAAACCCAGGAAUGGAAAACCAGACGAACAUGGACGAAGAAAUACAGUUAAGCACAGAUUUAGAAAACCAAUCUACUACCACUACUGAGAUUGGAAAUAGUGAAAAUACUAAUUUUACAACUCUCAAACCUGUGAGUGCUACGUUUAAGACAGAGGAUACAAAGAACAGUGCUCUUACUUCUUCUAUAGUGUCUAGUGAUGUAAAUGUUAUGAGUUGCUUGGAAAAUCUAGAUUCAGAAGAAACAUUGUCUCCAAGUAUUCCUGUGUCUGUAGAAGUGACCAAAAAUGUAAAUAAGUCACUGCCAGAGGACAUCCAAAAUAUUUAAGUUAAUUCGUUUUUAAUAUCCCGUACAGUAUAUGAACAGCAGCUUUCAAAACACAUUGAUGCAUUUUUUUUAUGUUUAAGUAAUUUGAAUAACCAGGCUCUAAAGUAGAACUAUUAUCAUGAAAAUUCCUCUAAAUUUGAGGCCAAGAGUCAGAGUAAAUGACAAUUUAUUCUUUUUAGUAUCAAAUGGAUCAAUCAUUUACUUUACUGCAUAAAUUAUGUAGUACAUCCUUACUAGUAUCUGUCUUUAUAAAUCCUUGAUGCUAGUCUUUUGGUCAAAAUAUUCACUCUUAAUUUUACAAAAUGUUUCAAAAUUCUUGUUUUCUUUAUCAUCACACUUUCAUAAAACAUUAGAACACCAAACAAAGGAAAAGUGAACUUUUUCUUAAGUCACUUUAGGGUGCUGUUCAUUCAUACUUUAAGGUGCAAAAUUCAUGUGUUUGAGUUACUCGUCUCAUUUGUGUCAAUUUUGCUAUAAAUCAUGUUUAUUUAAAACACCUCGCCCAUGUUGUGGGACCAAAUUUUUUGUCAUAGUAAUGAAUCCAAAAACACUAAUUAUAUAAUUGUUUUACUCUGUGAUACAGAAAUUGCAGAUAAAAAUCAAAGUAAAUAAAAGAAAAGGUUUUGGGGGGAGCGAACCAACACUGGUAAAGUCAAGAUAAAACCUGAAAACUGACAACAAAUGUGCUCGCUCACAAGAACUCUUACAUAAGCUGAGAGAUAAAUUAAAAUUUAAUCCUUUUUUCAAUAGUGUUUCUAACUCUAUUCAAAAUCAUGGACUUCAAAGACAAUAUUUGAGCAUAUGUCAACCUUUGUUGAAGGGUUCCAGCUGUCAGUAUCUUAGUUUUAACACUUCUCACUUUAUUUAAAGAAGGUAACACAUUAAGACAUAGGCAUCAUAUUAUGAAAAACAUAACACAUGUCUUAUUUACAAUGCCUAUAACUAGAAUUAAUGAUUGUUUUGACAUGUAAAAUGCUUAGAAUGGAAUUUCAGAAAGGUACCUAUUAAAAUGUAAUACGAAAACAUAAAGAAACAUGAAUAUAAUACAUUCAUUUAACACAUCAAUGCUUAAUAAUACAUCAAUUUGUACCUAAAUGUUAACAAGAAAUCUCAUCAAAAUUGUUUAACUGAGUAAAGUAGGACAGUCACACAUUUAUUUAACACCUUACUCAACAUAUACAUAUGUAUAAACUAUACCUGUGGUAUGCAUGGAAUUAUGAUGUAAAUAGUACUUUUUGCAGCGGGUUUUAAAUGUCUUUUCCGUGUUAGACUUACGUAUUUCUUCUGGUAAAAAAUUCCAAACUUUCCCACUGUAGCAUGCAAUCGAGUGUUUCUUGUAUUGUGUUUAUGUCGAAAGUGAGCAACGUCUUGUUGCAUGGAAGAUCGUAAUCCAUAUCUUGUGUUGCUAGAUAUCUUAAUAAUAUCUCUUAAUAGAUUUAAAUACCAUAACAGCCGUUUGAUAUCUGCAACGGUAUUUAAAUUGAAGCCAUUUUAAUUUUUUAAAUAAUUCAUGUGAUGGCGUUCUAAAAGGCUUAAAGAGAAUAAUUUUUGCAGCUCUUUUUUGAAGCAUGGUGAUUCGUCUCAUAUGCGUUGCUUACUUUUCCCCCAAACGCUACAACAAUAGUCAAACAUAGGAAGUAUAUACGAUUUAUAAAACAAUUGUCUCAUUUGAUCUGUUAAAAAGUAAUACAGUCUUUUUAAAAGGGCUAUCUUUGCAGUUACUUUCUUGAGGACAAAUUCAACUUCCAGACAGAUUCCACGACAAUGAUGAAUCAAAAAUAAUUCCAAGCAAUUUCUUCGAAGUUACAUUGAGCUUAUAGUAAACGGUAUUAUUACCAUCAUAUGUAGUAAGUUCUUCAUUUAUUUCCAUGAUGUACCGUAAAUGACUGGGUAUAAGACGUUAGGGGGUAUUAGACGCAGGGGAAAAAAUCUGUGAAAAGUCCAAGAAAAAAACUUUUAAUCUAUGUUUUUGGUUAAAAGACGCAUGGAAAAAAUGUCUAAUUGUCUGGCAUUUUCGGCCACCAUGUUUGUUGACAGUGACAAAAAAAAGAAAAUUCGUAAAAAUGGCGACAGUUAUCUUUAUCUUUUAUGCCGGUCGGGACGAGCUUAGUGCGGCUGUCGAGAGUUGUCAAAUAGGAGGUUGCGGGAGUUGUCGAGGAGAUUGUUCCUGAAAAUGGGAGCUUCACUGACUGAAAAAUGAAGAUGAAGUUUGUUUGAAAAUCAAGUCCUUUAUAAUUUUCAGGACACAGGCUUCAUCUUAAAUACCAAGUUUUUAACAAUAUGAUACAGAUCUCAGAUUUGAUAAGCAUCAUUAAAUCAUUAACUUGUCAGUACAAAAAAUUCUAAAAUUGAAGCUGAGUAGCCUGAGGGAUUGUGCUACUGUUUUGAAGAAAAAUAUAUGAUAGGUUGACAUCAAUUAAUGUAAUUAAAGGAAACCACUUAGCCUAAGGUGGCCAAAUUAUUAAACUUAAAAACAAGUUAAGAAUCUAAAAAGAUAUUUAUUAACUGCCAAAAAUAUUAUACAGGUUGGAGGCAUUAAUAUGUUUACAUGAUGUAUAGACAUGCAAAGUUCGAAAAGGAGUUUUAGUCAUAAUAGUUAUUCUUAAACUAUAUCUAAAUAAGUAAUUCUGAGUUAUUUCACAACAUACUCAUAUUAUCCACAUAAAAAUAAAUAUUUGUAAUUCCAAUUAUCAUUUUUGCAUAAAUUUAUAUUUAAUUUAUGUAGCAAGAAUGUGGGGCAUAAUAUUCCCCCCUACUACUCCUUUUCGAACUUUGCAUGUCUAUACAUCAUGUAUAGACAUACAAAGUUCGAAAAGGAGUUUUAGUCAUAAUAGUUAUUCUUAAACUAUAUCUAAAUAAGUAAUUCUGAGUUAUUUAACAACAUACACAUAUUAUCCACAUAAAAAUAAAUAUUUGUAAUUCCAAUUAUCAUUUUUACAUAAAUUUAUAUUUAAUUUAUGUAGCAAAAAUGUGGGGCAUAAUACAAUGAUAAACUGUCGAGAAUGAUAAGUUAAGUUAUGCAAAAACCUUAUAUUGUAUGGGUUUGUUCUCAAAAUGUCAACACCUACAGAAAAGAAUAAAGAAUGUGACAAAGUGCGAGAAAACAAGACCAUUAUCGCAACAGUAUGUGGUAUUGGUAUGUUAAACAGGAUAUAGGCAGUCGAGUUUUUCACACCUUCUCGUACAACUGACAAAAAAUAUUUUGACAGUGCUCAACUUUGCUUUUAUAUAUGCAAGUUUAAUUAUUGUUCAAUUCAAUUUAUAAUUUAUUAUUCAAAAUAAUAUUGAAUAACUUGAAUCGAAAAAUAUUUUUGUUUAAAUUAUAAACGUCUUACGAUAUACGUAUCCCGAUCUUCAACUGCCGUUUUAACUCGUAUAUACUCGAUCAAUAUGACGCGAGUAACAUCCCUUUCUACAUAAAUCUAAACAAACUCUCGGCUUGAAAUCGACCUCAGAAAAAAAGUUAAAACAAUUGUUACUGGGUAUUAUACGCAGGCAUUUUUUUUGCAUCGAAAUCUGAGGGAAAAAAGGGCGUCUAAUACCCAGUCAUUGACGGUAUGUACACAAAUUAUUUACAUGGAAAAUUGUUGCUGUUUAGCACUUAAGCUGUGUUGGCUGUAUAGUAUUUUAUUGAAACUGUUUUUAGCUCGACUAUUUUCGAAGAAUAUGGAGAGCUAUACUACUCACCCAAGCGUCGGCAUUGGCGUCACACCUUGGUUAAGGUUUUGCAUGCAAGCACACAGAGGUUUAUAUCUCAGCAACUACUUGAGGUAUUGCAUUGAGACUUUAUACAAUGGUACUCAACCAUCCAACCUACUUAAUUAACCAAGUUAGAUAACUCUCGUUUGCAUUUAAUGCAAAUAAUAGGCCUUUAUUAUUCGACUUAGAAAUUCGGGUUAAGGUUUUGCAUGCAAGCACACAUAGGUUAAUAUCUCCGCAACUACUUGAGGUAUUUCAUUGAGACUUUAUACAAUGGUACUCAACCACCCAACCUACUUAAUGAACCAAGUUAGAUAACUCUAGUUUGCAUUUAAUGCAAAUAAUAGGCCUUUAUUAUUCCACUUAGAAAUUCUGGUAAAGGUUUAGCGUGCAAGCACACAUAGGUUAAUACCUCAGCAACUACUUGAGGUAUUGCAUUGAGACUUGAUACAAUGGUUCUCAACCAUCCAACCUUCUUAAUUAACCAAGUUAGAUAACUCUUGUUUGCAUUUAAUGCAAAUAAUUGCCCAUUAUUAUUCGACUUCUGGUUAAGGUUUUGCGUGCAAGCACACAUAGGUUAAUAUCUCAGCAACUACUUGAGGUAUUGCAUUGAGACUCGAAACAAUGGUACUCAACCAUCCAACCUACUUAAUUUACUAAGUUAGAUAACUCUAGUUUGCAUUUAAUGUAAAUAAUAUCCCUUUAUUAAUUAAUAUUGAGACUUUAUACAAUGAUAUUCAACCACCCAACGUAAUUGAAUAACCAAGUUAGAUAACUGUAUUUUGCAAAAAAUGGCCCUUUAUUAUUAGACUUUAAAAUUCUGGUUAAAAUUUUCCAUGCUACCUCAUUAAUGUUAAUAUCUCAGCACAUCAUGUAUUGCAUUGAAAUAUAAUCUAACAGUGAUCCAUGCAUGUUUCCCCAAAAUUUCAAUCUCUGUGACAGCUCAUGUUCCAAAUUAAACCUUAGUUUCAAAAGCAAAAAAGUUUGACAUUUAUCAAAUCCCUUUUUUAUUUUUGGUCAUAUUAAAAAUAUAAUAUGAUAGAACAAUGAUGUUAUCUUAUUUUAUAUCAUACAAUAGUUUUUAAUGUACACAUGUACCAUUAUGAAUAAUGGAAUUAAAUGAUAGACAGCGAUAAACUGACAGAAUGUUAUCAUUAAUUUUAGAGUAAUUUAUUGUAUAUAUAAUGAUCAUUUUGUUUGAUAAUAAAAAUAGGAAUGAA